AUGGCGGGUCUGACUAGGAAGAAUGUUCGUCCACUGCUCCGCUCUGUAAAUGGGAAGCGCCAUGCGACCGAGGAUGAUCACGAAGAGCCGGCAGGAAAGAGACGAGCAGACAACAUGACAAUUCCUGCAAAGCAACAGGAAGAGAUCGACAUCAAUGCCGAUCCACUGUCCUCUGACGAUGAAUUACGUGCUCCCCCACCACGACCAGCCAAGUCCUCGAAACCUACUAUGCCAGCACCUCGCAAUGUGGAUACAGAAUUGAAGAGACCACAAAAGAAGCCUGCGAAGAAGAGUGUAUCAAUACGAGCGCCAACAAGGGGUACAUACAAAAACAGUCAGGAACUCCAAGCAGGAGAUGGACCAACUAAGGAUAAAGAGAAUGCUCUUGCAUCUUCUCAAGCAUCAGUGAGCGACGGGCCAAUUCAGUGGGGUAUGGAGCAUGUUUCUCAGAAGAAUAACAAGAACGCAAAAGGAUAUGGUUCAAAAACAAAAAAUACACACGAGCCAGUACCAAAGAAAUUUGGGAGGAGUCCGCCUAAGCCUGCUGUGCGAAUAUAUGGAUCAGCGAAUCAAUCAAAAGGCAAGCAACCGAGCCAAGAUUCUGAUAGCGACUCGAGUGUCUCCAUGUUGGAUGACGAUGAGCUGCAAGACCUUGCGGAGGAACUGGGUGAACCUAAUCUAUCCGAUGACGACGAUUUACGGAGAUCCAAGAAAGCCGCAAAAUCAGCCCAGCUACUAAAACAACUCAACUCCUGGAAAGCAAACAACGACCCCCCCUCCUCACAACCCGACUCAAGCGCCGCCCAAGAGCACCUCAACGAAGUAAGCAACUACAUCGAACACCUGCCCGAAAUCGAAGAAGAAGGCACCCGCUGCCCCCUCUGCAGCCACCCCGUCUCCCCUUCCGACUACUGGUCCUUCUGGACCUCCAAGCCCAAAACCGUAAAACACAAAUCCGCAUUCUGCCACCUUCACAAAAAGCUUUCCGCACAGCAAUCCUACACCUCCGCCGGUUACCCCUCGAUAAACUGGAGCCUCCUCCCCCGCCGCCUCAAAUACCACAAACCCACUCUCCGCCAAAUCUUACUAAACGAACGCCCCAGCCCCCACAGAUCACGAUACGAACCUGUGGCUCUAACGGGAAAAGCAGCGUCUAUCCCAUCUAAACGCACAGAUCUAUCGCCAUCGCAACAGGCUGAACUCGAAGCUUACGCCCUAGACGAUCGCGCUGCAUACCCGGGCUACUACGGUCCCCACGGCCGACGCCUCAUCACCGAAAACAUCCUCGACCUCCUCAAAGAAGAUAUCAAGGGCUGCGGUGAUGCCGUCGUGCAGGCCUCCGGUGUGGCGGCUUUCGUACAGCAAGUUAUGGUGCCUGAGGCGGCGGUUUUGCUCAUCAUGGAGGACUGUAGCGUUGGCUGGGAAGAGGCGGAGGCGGUUAGGGAGGAGACGUAUGAAAUGGGUGUGCUGGUUCAUGAGGAGAUUGAAGAUGAGGUUAUUGCUGAGGAGAGUGAGAAGGAAGAUGAGUAUUAG